CAAGUGCAACUAGUAUACCCAAAUCUGGAACCCAACGUCAUGAGCACACUUACAAGUUACAUACCCAAGUACACCCAAACCCACGCCUCUUACAUUUUCCUGAGCUAGUCAUCAGUUACGAGUGACUCACUGAGUCAAAUUCGUGGACCACUCGUCUUCCCCAAUCUAAUUCCAAAUCUCUGAAACUUCACUCUCACCUCCAAAACCCUACUCUCUCUCUCUCCAUUUCCAAUGUCACCUUCAAUUCACCUCUCAAUCACUCCCUCCGCGUAAUUACUCACUCCAUCACAUCCAGAUUCACCGUCUGAUUCAUCUCACAUCUCCAUGGAAAUGGAAACCACCAACCAAAACCUCGAAACCGACACUUUCAAGAUGCAACAGCAACGGCGGCGAGGUCAGUUGGUGGUGAACGGUUACUUCGUUUACACACGACGUAAGAGGAUCGAGCAUGAUUCCGACAACGAGAAAGCGAAGAGGCUCAAAACCGAUGAAAAUGAACAAGUUAAGGUGAAAAUUGGUGAGGAAGUGAAGAACGACGUCGUUUUAUGGACUUCGAAACGGCAGCGUAGACCGUCGUUUAAGUUGCAGGUUGAAUCAGAAGAUGAUGGUUCUGCUGAUAAGGUAGUUGCUCGCGUUGUGAAUACGAAGAAGAGCGUUGCGUCGUUUAGCGAAAAGCUAUUGUCUGUAAAAGAGCUCUUUGAUACUGGUUUGCUCGAUGGUGUUCCCGUUGUUUACGUCGGUUGUAAGAAGGAGGCUUCAGAUUCGGGAUUGCAGGGUGUAAUUGCUGGCGGGGGGAUAUUGUGCUCGUGCUGUUUGUGCAAUGGACGCAGAAUUAUUCCCCCCUCCCAAUUUGAGAUUCAUGCGAACAAAAUAUAUAAAAGGGCAACGCAGUAUAUUUGCUUUGAAAAUGGGAAGAGUCUGCUUGAACUACUGGGAGUUUGCAGGGCAGCUCCCUUACAUGCUUUGGAGGCCACUAUUCAAAACUUUCUUUGUUUACCGCCUGAAGAGAAAUAUUUUACCUGCAGGAGUUGCAGAGGGUGUUUCCCUGUUUCAACUGUGAAAAGAGUGGGGCUUAUAUGCCAUUCUUGCAUCGAAACAAGUAAAUCUGAAAAUGGUUCUAUGCGUGCGGUUGGCAAAAGAGUCAGGACUCCUCGACCGUAUUUGUUCUCUAGUCCAUCUAGUAUUUCUGAAACGUGUGUCUCAUCAAAAACUAAGAAACAAAAGAAGAAGAGAACAAAGUCAUCAAAACGGGUUAGCAUGUCAAAAUCUUCCAAGAAGAGUGCUUCAGGGCCUGUUCUUAUCCAGAAGAAUAGUUUGUGCAACAUGGAAACAAAGUCAUCAAAACUGACAGUCAAGUUGAAGAUUGCUCCAAUUACGUCAAAUUCAAAGUGUUCAUCUCCACAAAAUAAGAGUCAAUGGAAGAUCAAUAAAAAGCAUCAGCGAUUGCAUAAAAUAAUUUUUGAAGAAGAUGGAUUGCCUGAUGGAGCUGAAGUAGCUUAUUAUGCCCGUGGACAGAAAUAUCUUGAGGGUAUUAAAAUGAAAUCUGGAAUUAUUUGUCGAUGCUGCAACACUGAGAUCAGCCCUGCACAGUUUGAGAUUCAUGCAGGGUGGGCUUAUCGUAGGAAGCCUUAUGCAUAUAUCUACACUUCAAAUGGUGUGUCUCUCCAUGAGUUGGCAUUAUUCCUCUCAAAAGAUCGCAAAUGCACUGCAAAAUAUAAUGAUCUUGCAUGCAUUGUUUGUUGGGAUGGUGGAAAUCUGUUGCUCUGUGAUGGAUGCCCAAGGGCAUUUCAUAAAGAAUGUGCAUCUGUAUCGAGUACUCCACGACGUUGCCGGUACUGUCCAAUCUGUCAACACAAGUUCCUCGGAGAAGGAUCUGUGGCUCUCAAUCCUGAUGCUGUGGCAGCUGGAAGAGUUGAAGGAGUUGAUCCUAUAGAACAGAUUGCCAAGAGAUGCAUUCGCAUAGUGAAAGAUAUUGAAGCUGAGAUUGGUGGAUGUGCUGGUGGAUGUGCUUUAUGCAGAGGUUCUGACUUCAGCAGAUCAGGAUUUGGUCCACGUACAAUAAUAAUAUGUGAUCAGUGUGAAAAGAAAUAUCACGUGGGCUGUUUGAGGGAUCAUAAAAUGGCCUUUUUGAAGGAAUUGCCGGAAGGGGAUUGGCUUUGCUGCAAUGAUUGCACAAGAAUACAUUCUAUUUUAGGGAACCUCCUGGUUAGGGUGGCUGAGAGUCUCCCUGAAUCUCUUUUGGGUGUUAUAAAGAAAAAGCAAGAGGAAAGAUGUUUGGAGCCCCUUAAUGAGAUUGAUAUAAGAUGGAAACUUGUUAAUGGCAAAGUUGCUUCUCCUGAAACCAGGCCGUUGCUGUUGGAGGCACUGUCAAUAUUCAAUGAAUGCUUUGAUCCUAUAGUUGACGCAGCUACUGAACGUGACCUUAUUCCUUCCAUGGUUUAUGGAAGGAAUUUGCAGACUCAGGAUUUUGGAGGAAUGUAUUGUGCAUUAUUAAUGGUCAAUUCAUUCGUGGUAUCUGCGGGCAUGCUUCGGAUUUUUGGGAGAGAUAUUGCAGAACUCCCUUUAAUUGCUACAAGACACACGAACCGUGGAAAGGGCUACUUCCAAACAUUGUUCUCGUGUAUUGAAAGGUUGCUGGCCUUCUUGAAUGUGAAGAACCUUGUGCUACCAGCUGCUGAAGAAGCAGUAUCCAUAUGGAUAAAUAAAUUUGGGUUUAGCAGGAUGAGACCUGAGCAGCUUGUCAGCUAUAGAAAGAACUGCCAGCAGAUGAUGGCAUUCAAAGGGACAGUUAUGCUUCAUAAAGCAGUACCUCAAUGUCGGGUAAUUAAAUCAUGAGAUAUGAGAAAUCUAUGUAAAAAGGAUGUUGUUUAAUCAUAAAAGGGGAAAACCCCAAGCUUUAUUGUAUUCUUUUCCGGCUGUGCUAAAUUUUUAUUGGAAGUCAUUUGUGAAACUGUCAUGAUGUGUCUAACAUUUAUGGUGUCAUUUUUUUUAACAUGACAUUUUCCUAUUUUAUGUUUUAAUGACCCUGACAAAUAUUCCAGUAUUGUUUUGUAGUCUAAUACAAUGCUUUUUUUUUUCUGGUUA